AAACAAAACGUAUUGUGCUCGGGUAGUGGUCAGUAUCACUGGGAAAAUUAUUCCGUCAGUCUGAAUUGUGUCCAUCCGGAAACAUGUUUGUUGAGGUGAUAUUUUUAAGUAUUGGCUUAGCUCUUGUAGCUGCUGACGGCUAUGGGUACUCUCCAUCAUACGGAUACAAACCGGCAUAUUCACACCCAGAAGCUGUUUACGAUUCUUAUGCUAAACCUCAACCAUACAGCUUUGGUUAUGAGACCAAAGAUGCCUAUGGCAACAAACAGUUCAGACAAGAAGACAGUGACGCUAGCGGAGCCAAGAAAGGGUCUUACGGGUACACAGAUGCUCAUGGUGUCUACAGAACUGUCGAAUACAUAGCUGACAAACACGGUUUCCGAGCCUGGAUCAAAACAAACGAGCCUGGUACAGCCAAUCAAAAUCCAGCUGACGUUGAGGUCAAUGCAGUUGAAUCUCCUGUUGUUCACCAUGCACCAGCCUACAGUGCUCCAGUCCACUACACUGCACCAGUUCACCACAGUGCACCUGUUCAUUAUGACAGCUAUGGCUCUGCUCCUGUAGCUUACAAGACACCAGUAGUGUACAAAGCACCCUCCGUUUACAAGGCUCCUGUCGUCUACAAAGCUCCAGUUGCUUACAAGGCACCAGUUUACACUGCUAGUUCACCCCAAAUUUACAAAUUGCCAGCUUAUGGAUACAAACCACAUUACCGCAAAUAUGAUGAUAUUUACUGAGCAAGAGAUCAAUUUGAAACAAUUUGGGGAGGCUUGGUAGGAUAAGAUUUUCAACUAACUCAUUAGUGUCUACACUAAGAGAUUAGUUUCUUGGAAGCUGCGCCAUAUUUAGCUUUCGUUUCGCUGUUGUUUUGGGAGGGUUUUAGGGAAAAGAUAUGUUUUUUGCUCGGAUAUAAUUGUUAACUUUCUAUUUCUUUCUUGUUCCUUCCGUAAAAAAAAACUCCCAAAACUGUACAUAAUAAAUAUCGUCUAACAAAGUAGUAUUUGAUCGUGGAAGAUCAAACUACGAAUAUAAGUGCAAUUUUUUGAAAAAUAUACGCAUAAAUUUUAUAAUAUCGCUUUAAAUUUUACUAUAUGCUAAUGUAUUAUUUUCUUAUUCUCGAAUAUUGAUACGAACAUUAAGUUCAAAUACAAAUCCACGAUAAACUUUAAUGUUACGUCAUGGUAUUCAUCAUGACAUGUGCCAACUUUUGAACAAACAUUUUAAAAACUUGCUUAAUAUUUGUUGACAAUACAUUAAAACACCACACAUUUAUCACAUACAAAAUUAUUUGAUUUUUUAAAUAUCUGAGAAACUAAGGAGAGGGUAGUGUUUAAAGAAAAUACGUGGAUAUUUCGCAUCUUAUUUAAUAAAUCAUACCUGCAUGUAUUUAUAAAUAUAGUUCAUAUGCGUGUUUUUCUUUAUGUUUGAUGAAGUGAACAUUCUGAAAACAUCGUUUUAGUUCAAGUGUACAAGCGUUCUUCAGUUCAGAACCGCUUCGUUGUACAGUUGAAAUGAAGUUGGAUUAUACGUAUCAUAUUUUUGCUCUGUGAUUGUUGGGUUUCUUUUCCAAAAAAUGUCUACAUUAUGAUUGUGAAGCAUA